AUGGCCACCUCUUACUCUAUCCCGUCGACCAAGCUCAACGAUGGUUCCUCGAUUCCUAUGAUCGGAUAUGGGACCGGCACAGCAUGGUUCAAGAAGACCGACUCCGAUCUGAAUCGCGACCUGGUCAACUCGGUCAAGAGUGCCGUGAACUUGGGAUAUUAUCACCUCGACGGAGCCGAAGUCUACCGGACCGAGGAAGAGCUCGGCCAGGCCAUUGCGGAGUGCGACUUGCCCCGAGACCAGCUCUUUGUCACCACCAAGGUGAACCAGAACAUGCCCGAUAUUCCUGCCGCACUGGAGACCAGUCUGAAGAAGCUCAAGCUGGAUUAUGUCGACUUGUUCCUGAUCCAUCAACCCUUCUUUGCUCAGACUAAGGAGCAAUUGCAAUCCGCCUGGGCUGCCAUGGAACAGGUCAAGGCCUCGGGUAAGGCCCGGUCCAUUGGAGUGUCCAACUUCCUGCAGAGCCAUCUCGAGACGGUCCUAGAAACCGCCAUGGUCAUUCCCUCUGUGAACCAGAUCGAGUACCACCCGUACCUGCAGCAUGGGAAUCUGGUGCCCUGGCAGGCGAGCAAGGGCAUCAAGACCGCCAGCUAUGGUGGCCUCACCCCCGUCACUCGCGCUGCCGGUGGCCCACUGGACUCGGUGCUAUCGGGUCUCGCCACCAAAUAUGCGGUCAACCCGGCAGAGAUCUUGUUGCGCUGGUGCUUGGACCAAGAUGUGGUAUCGAUCACCACCAGUGGCAAGGAAACCCGCCUGGCCAGUUAUUUGCGGGUGUUGACCUUUACGCUGACCCCGAGUGAGGUAAAGGACAUCUCGGAGAUAGGCCAGCAGCACCACUACCGGGCCUUUUGGCAGGACGAGUUUGCGGAGGAUGAUCGGUCAUGA